UCGUGCAGAUUUUUUUUCCACCCCUGCCUUCUCUCUCUCUCUCCCUCACACACACUGUCACUCUCCCUCUGUGGUAUUAUUGUGAGUCAGCCGCUGUUGGCUGGGGUUUGUUGUUUGUGCUUCACUCAGCUGUAUGGGGCAGUAGUAGUGGUUGUCAGAGCUGCUCUCCAUGGCCUGUCGACCCCCCGGCUCUGGCUCCUACACUGUGGUUAUCAUCCCGCUGAAGACCAGCCUCUACAGCCUGGACGCUCUGCGCUUCUACCUAUGGGUUAAGCGUCGUAAGGACUUAGAGCAGGAGAAGGACGCCCUGUGCUCGGGCCUGGAGGUUCUGGAGAAAGCCCGCCUCUGGUACAUCCAGCGGCUGGAGGAGAACCGAGCCAGGAAGGGCAUCAUCCAGACCCAGAGUGGGGUCGGCAUCCGGCAGGACGGUGCAGCAGAGGCCUGGUCUUGCCUCCUCAGGUCUCGAAUCCAGCGGGUGAACGGUUCCCUGGGCUCUGUGAUGAGUGAGCCAAACGUCACCAGCGGCAGCAGCGCCUCUCUGCCCGGCGCAGUGACCGACAGCGACCUCCGGUGGCAGAACACAGCACUGGCUCAGGAGGUGAGUGACAAGAACCGUAAGAUCUCACUUUUGGAAUUUGAAAAAGAUGCCAUCCUUGAGCAGCUUGAUGAACUGCAGGACCAGGAGCCCAAAGUUGCAGGGGUCCAACUGGCCUUCAGCUACAAAAUGUCACUCGAAGAUAUAUACCAACGAGGAAGAAUGUCAAAUGACCACAACGAAACACAUCCCACUCUGCAGUCAGCUGCAAAGAGACCACAACAAGACUCUAAAUUGUGAAGACAAUAAGGCAACUAUAAAGACUCCAAAAUAACGACAGAGAGAGGCAAAACACCUGCAAAAUAACUACAAAUAGACUUAAAAUGACAACAAAAUUACUUCAGAGACACAAAUUGACUAGAUCAAGACUCAAAAUAACAACAAAAACACAGAAAAUUAUGUAAAAGCUAAACAAACAUCCAUGAAGUCUGUCUUGCUUAUGUUGCAGAGAUGCCCAGGCUUUUUUAAAUGACUGUCCCAGGGGCCAUUGUCAAAUUGUUUGCUAAUGAUUCUACUUUCUUAAUAUCCUUAAUUAGGAAACCUUUUUCUUUGCAUGUGCAUGUAUGAUGUAAAGAUAUUGAAUACAAGUGUGCAGUAUAAUGUGGGAAUCUUAGACUACAAGGUUAAUGUAGAAUAUUUUUCAACAGAUAUUCAAGGAUAUGAUCCUUAAAGUUACCGAAGCCUUUUUGUUAAAUCCCAUUCAUGUAUUAGCAACUACCCUCCUGUAAAAUAAAGCAAUGCCUGUGAGGAAUAUGUGCAGGAAUGAGAUUAAAAUCAGCAUGUGAGCAUCCGGAGAGAAAACAUCCAUUAUAGAGGAGGCUUUCAUUUAAGUAGCUCCAUCUUCCCUAUCUUCAGAAUGCCACUGAACCAUCCAGCCCCGGGUACCAGCACUUGGAUAAUUAUUGGGUCUAAUUCACACACUGCACAGCCGAACACCUUUGUUGUGUCACGCUGUUGUGGUAGGCAGUGCUUUUCUUCCACAGCAGCACGGUUCAUUUGAAAAGCACUCUGCUGGUCUCUCCAAACCUCUUCUAUUUGUCUACAUUAUCAUGUUUACUCCCCCCCCCCCCCAUUUGUGGUUUGGGUUUUUCUUAAAAUCUGAAAUUGUGAGCUGUUUCCGUGAGGGUCAGCGGAGGUGGGAAGUAUAAACACAAAAGCAUGGCUUCCUGAUAAAUGCAUUCUUAAAGCUGUUAGGGAGGAAAGCUUCCUGAGAUAUACAGUGCAGUCAGUAGGUGGUCUUUGAAGAGCACUCAGGGAAUACACACAUGGUUUGGGGUGUCAUUUGUGGGCUUCAGAAGCCAGUUAAGCCUACUUGUUAUUUAUAGCUUUAAAGCACAUUUUGUAGCUUUGUAAUAUAUUAAAAGUAUUUAAGAUCUGUUGUGUAAAAAUGUAUAUUAAAUAUUAAUCAAGAUCUUGUCUUUAUCAAAUGUUCUUCUGGAAAAAGCAUUUUCACACCUUUAAAAUAUCUAGCAUGAAAGGAGUGACACUAUAAAACACAAUGUUGGAAAAAAGUGUGUCCGCACUGUCAACAUAAUAAUUAAAAUGACUGUAAAUGGGAUCCAUCCACAGUAUCUUUUGAGGUUAUACUGUCAUGUCUUAAUAUGUUUGUUAUUUAUGUCGUUUUUCCUGUAUUAAAUACACUGAUAAAAAACGAUAAUCAACCCCCAAAAAAACGUUACAAUAACCCUAAUGUAUUGAUGUGUCUGUCAAUUGUACCACAAAAUAACCAUAAUUCUUCUUUGUAAAAUGAACUCUGAAUUCUUACGCCCAAUAUUGUUAUAUGAAAGAAUUACGUUUUUUUAUUUCGUGCUAUAUUAACCUCAUUCAGUUUUUAAAAUAUUGAGAAGCUACGGGUUUUUUUUCUUCAUGUUUUCAAUGUCACAACUAAAACAACCAAUGAGCAGUUACCACAAAGCACAUAACCACUAUAAAUGUAACAUGCAAAAAAGAUAUUUAAGCUUUAAAAUAUUAACUGCUUUGUUAAUCUGAUUCUAAUUCUGAUGGUUGUUUGUUAUUUGUUAACUAUGUUCAUUUCUGUUAAUGCAGACUAUGGAAUAAAAUCAGACAGUUGAA